AAGAGCAAGUCAAUACACCGAGCGAACUUUCGGACGUUGCGGCUCUGCGAUUUCCCAAACGAACUUCCUUCUACGAAAGCAUUUUCAUACGCAUCAUGUGCAUGCGGCGCGCAAUUGCGCUAGUACUGUCCUUCGUUCACCCUUCCACGUGAGCGCUAUCGCACUGGCGCAAUGUCUGAAAAAAAUACAUCCAAGAUUAUUCGUCCCCGCAACAAAGGAAAGCGUCCCGCUCCCGGCUCAUCUUUGCAAGCAUCGCAUCCCUUGACCCCUUCGGAGUCUCCUGUUCCGCAGGUCCAUGUCACUAGUCCCAAUGUAUCCUCUGAUCACGACAACACCCAUCGUGAUCAGUUCAGAGGGUCGGCAAGACCUUCAUAUCUUGAGCCUGCAUUGACUGCUUCCGAUAGUCGCCGCAGUGAUCCGAAGGAACCAUCGUCUUCCACGGGCCGCGGAUCGAGGAAGAUCGGGCGCAAAUUUUCUCCCAAUCCUAGCAAGCCGAGCACUCCCGAUCUUGUUGGACAGUCGAGACCAUCCACACCCUUCCUCCAACCAUCCGCUGAUAAUAGAGUGCUUCCUCCAUCUCCCCUCGCCCCUACUGACAAUAUUGAUGAUCUCCUCGAGGCGUCUGGGACGCAUGCCACGCCCAGCAGUCAUCACGCACAGUUGGAUUCUGAGGGUAUCAAUGUUUCUGGCCUAUCGGAACUCACGAUCACGCCAUCGGCUAGCUUAAAAAGCGAUCGAAAAAAAGUAAUCAUUGGCGCUCUAACGCUGGUUCUACAGACUGCAGUCGACGCUCUUAAGUUGGCCCCGGUUCCAGGUCUUGACGCAAUUCCGAAUUUACUUCUGACGUGGCUCCAGGUUUACGAGACUGUCGGUGGAAACGAUGAUGAUCUCAAAGGAUUGGAUGAGGACAUCCAAAGAGCUUAUGUGACCAUUCUGCAGCCACUCGAGCUGUUGACGGACCAAAUCCCUCGCGAGGUAGUUCAGUUGAUCAAAAGAUUUCACUUGGCCCUGAAAAAGCAGAUAAACGAGAUCGAGUUACUCAAAAGUCAAAAUCGGAUGAAGAGGAUGUUCUUAGCGCGUGAAAUUGCCAAGAGGAUAAGCGGUGUGAAGGCGUGUAUAAAUGAUGCCCUUAACUCGUUUGCGACGCAAGCAACUACUUUAACGCUUCUUCGCACAAUUGAAGCAUCGGUGCAGUCAAAGCUUGAGCAGCUUCCACGAGUUGCGGCCGAGCACACUUACGUGAAGAGCAAGUCGAAGUGUCUUCCAAGCACACGAGUUCAAAUACAAACAUCCCUUCUCAAUCAUCUGAAGGGGGCCGGAAACCGAUUUGUCUAGCUCCGUGGGUCCCCUGGCACCGGGAAAACGGCGGUAUCUAUGAGCAUCGCAUCGAUACUUGAGAAGGAAGGUACUCUUGCAGCCUCUUUCUUUUGGGACAAAAAUCAAAAGGGGACG